AUAAAAAAUGGCGUAGAACGACCUCUUGCUUGACUUUGUUUUCUACAUAAAGCACCAAACACAAUAGUUGAACCACAAACUUAUUCACCAAGAGAAACCAAAAGGUUCUAAAGACAACCAUGACAAUGCAUCAGCAUGCCCUCUGUUUCUUAGUAUUCCUCGCAGCAAUGCAAGGAACACAAGCAGUUGAAUACACUGUCACCAAUAACGCCCUCACAACUCCUGGUGGGGUGAUUUUCCGUGAUAAAAUAGGAGCAGAAUACGCGAAGCAAACACUGGACUCUGCGACCAAAUUCAUAUGGAGUGUGUUCAAGCAAAACGCCCCCGCUGACAGAAAAGAUGUGCAGAAGGUGAGUUUAUUUGUGGACGACAUGGAUGGUGUUGCAUAUACUAGCAACGAUGAGAUUCAUGUGAGUGCAAGAUAUGUCAAUAGCUAUAAUGGGGACGUGAAAACAGAAAUUACAGGGGUGCUUUAUCAUGAAAUGACCCAUGUUUGGCAAUGGAAUGGGAAUAACCAAGCUCCUGGUGGAUUAAUUGAAGGUAUAGCAGACUUUGUGAGAUUGAAGGCAAACUAUGCACCUAGUCAUUGGGUAAAACCCGGACAAGGACAGAGAUGGAACCAGGGUUAUGAUGUCACAGCUCGUUUUCUUGACUACUGUGAUAGUCUCCAAAAUGGGUUUGUGGCACAAUUGAACAAGUUGAUGAGGAGUGGCUAUAGUGAUCAAUUCUUUGUUCAGUUACUUGGGAAGACAGUUGAUCAGUUGUGGCAAGACUACAAGGCCAAGUAUGGCAAUAUAGCCUAAGAGCUUUUUUAUAUGAACAAUAAGCGAGUAUGUCGCAUUCUCUUUCUGCUCGACAGGUGCAAUAAUAAUAGCAAAUUAAAGUUCUCCUUUGAAGACAGAGUCCACAAUGCUUCACCUUUCCUUCAGGUAGAGGAAAAGGACUAGUGCUGUUGAACUACCGCAUUAAGUAUGUCAGUGGUCUCGUAUA